GGGGGAACAAAUAUAAUCCGCCUUUAUUUAUACAGUAACAUUUAGGCCUAUUAUUUGCACCGUGGGUGGCUAGGCUAUACUUCAUUUGUCCAAAACAAACAAGAGGCAUAACAUUAAAAUAGGCCCACUGUUUUAGACUGCUAUUUCUUAAAAUCAAAGUAAAUCAACAAUUGACCUCAUUCUUGUUGCAAGUAGCCUAACUGUCAAUGCAUAUUGAUAUUUUAGAGGAAUAUAGCUUAAGAGAACGCCCGGCCAUUAACACUUCUUUUUUUAUGAACAGUAGUUAGGCCUAAUGGAAUGCAACACCUAGACCAAUUGAAAGCUACAGGCUGGAUAUAAAUGGAGGCUGGUCUUCUCAGUGUUCAGUGAGAGUUUGGACCAGGAGCUCAUCAUGAUGACUGACGGAGGAUUCAAUGUUUUGCUGCCCCGAUCAAGCGUCGUUCCGAGGAAGAAGUGCAAAAAAUACUCUACAGGAACAUACAUCGGACUUAUUGCAUAUGCAAUUCAAGAUUCACCGGACAAGAUGCUUACUUUCAAACAGAUAAUGAAGAAGCUGGAACCAUUUGUCUUCGGGGACAAAAAAGGCAUUGAGAACAACAUCAGAGUCUGUCUGUCAUCAAACAGGUGUUUUGCAAAGGUACCAGUCGAUCCGGAUUAUCCGAAUCCUAAAAAGAACUUUUGGAAAGUGGAUGAGAGUGGCAUUACUCCAAAAAUGUUUCGCCGACAUUUCAAAUACAUAAUGAACGUGUUUCCUGGCCAGUGUGAAGAAGAUCAUUCUCACGCUCCCGAGCCUCUCAUGCCAGUCUGCACAGUCGCGGAAAACAAACGCGAAGUCAAAUUCACAGGCCCAUUUUCCAUAGAAUCAAUAUUAAAGAGCGACCGUGAAGUGAAGCGCAUGCGCAGCACACGUUUGGAGGAAUCUCCACGCUAUGUUGACGCACAAUGUGGAGCGACCAAGAGAAACAACUUUAAUGAAUAUGACUUAGUUGACUGUUAUUACCCUGUUUCAGCGGUGGGAUGUCAAUUGGUCUCAGCAAAAAGACCUCGUGUGUCCCCAGGACCUCCGUUUGGACUAUCUUUGCCUCCACAGCUCCCAUACGGUCACCCCGGUCUCCUCCGAUCUCCUUUAAUGUUUAAUACUAGAUAUGUCAGCUGGUGAACAUCCAGAGAGUGACCAAAUGUAAAUGUCCUGAAAUUGCACUUUAUUUUUGUUGUUAACCUUUUCUUUCUUUUUUU